UCUCAAUAGAGAGCAUGAGCAGAAAACUGCAAAUUUUCCAUUGAGCAGAACUAGACGUUAUUUGCACCCUGACCUUGAGAGAAAUUAUGAAAAUCAUGCCAGCGGCCACGACCUACAGGCACGGAAACCGAAAGAUUUGGAUCCCUUUAUCCACAAGCGUUUCCUCGCGACCACAGGCGCCAGGAGUCGCGCGAGUGCUUUGUCCUCGAGAACAACAACACGGAGCCUGCCGCACUAUGUUUAUAGGACGGUGCAACAGCACGGGUUUUUUGCAGGUGGGAGCAAGAACUCGUCCACGACGCUCCCUCAGUCCUCGGACCAGAAAGCACAAGCCCAGAUGAGUCCUGGUGCAGCAGAAUCACACAUAUCUACAAGAACCAUAUCCGGCGCAGCAGAAGCGGCUCUCUCGCCGGCACAGAAGGACGUUUCUGUUCAGCGGCUGCGAAAAGCUGUAGUCGAGUCUUUCACCUUUCUUAGCAACGCAGCCGCGCCAGAGAGCCGAAAAUGGAUAGCCUAUGCGAUUCGGGCCUUCGGCCGCCUUGCAUCUUCCAGAAAAGGGGGUGUUGCAGCAGAUGCUGGAAGAGAAGUAUGUACUGCUGGUCAACCUGAAAAACAAGACGACCACGAAAAGAAUUUCGACGCCGCAAGUAGAUCUAAAGCUAUUGCGCCGCUGUGCGAGCGUCAGAAUGAGACCAUUGUGGCACUCUUGGAGCUCUAUCUUACACGGACGCCGCCAUAUAUUUUAAGCUUCCACUGUUUCUCGACGGCAAUCGGUGCCCUUCCGGUAGAGUCUGCUACGCGCAUUUUCGACACAAAAUUUAGACCCCUGCUGCAUGCAUAUCUACGGCACGCAUAUUCAGCUGGGAAAGCAGAUCAAUAUUGUUCCGUUCGAGGAAAUGAGGAUAUCAGUAUUGAGCCUUCCAAUAAAUCGACAUCUACCUCUGCUAGCGCCGUACGCGAUCGCGCACCUGUAAUGUUUGGUUCUACCUGCAGCGCGUCUCUAUAUGCAAAUUCAUGUGAGCCAACGCGUGAAGCUGGUCGUGAGGAAGUGGUGAGCCUUAACGCGCCGAAAGCAGAACUGCAACUGACUGCAGCGGAUAGGGAAGGUGUUCUGGUUACAUAUGGCAGCCUCAUGCAAAGUUGUUUGCGGGACGGGAAGCCCGCUUUAGCUCUUCGCUAUUUUUCGGAAAUAUCGACACCGCGGACGAGCAAGCCUGAUCGUGUGGGCAUUCCGCCUAUCAUGUGCAGUAAUUAUCAUGGUAGAGUCGAAGCACCACAUGAUGGGAAAAAUAUGAUAGAUGAAGUCGUUGAUGUUGAGUCGCUUCUGUCGAGCUUGCGUCCUAAUGCGCAGAUUCUGACGACAGUGGUAAAAGCUUUAGACGAACUAGGAGACGUGCGGCGCGCUCUUCAUUUGCUUGACGUUUACGGCGAUGAGGAGAAGUCUGGAGUCAAAAUCGACUUAGUUCUCGUCAAUGCGGUUCUCGCUGUUGCCGCACGUCAUCCGGGCUUUGAAGGGCAGGCAGUGGCUCUUUUUGAGAAGAUGAGAAAAUCUUUCCCACCAAGCGUUGUCACCAUGAACACGAUGCUGCGGCUUUGGGCCAAGCAACAGAACGGUGCUAUGCGAGCACUGCGAUCGCUUGCUGCGGAACGACAGCGACUCUCGACUAUGUACGACCAAGUGACACUGAGCGCUGUGCUGCAAUGCUUCACAGCGAGUGAGUGGAGACUCGCGGUCUGGAUCGCGUUACAGCGAGACUGGCAAUUUUUAGAACACUUCGACAAGGGCAACACAAAUACUUCUCCUUCUGCGGCUCCACCUUCGUCCACCUCGACGUUGAUCAUGGCGUCAAGUAGAGCAGCUCAAGAAGGUGUCAAUCCUGGUUCUUGCGCUAAUCAUAACAGGAAGAAUAAUGAUGCAAAACCCAAAAACGAUGAUGACCAUAAAAAUUGCGAGUUUAUCUCACCUGAAUUUAUGCUGGACAUACGAACACGCGGUAAUGGAAGACUAAAGAUUUGCGCGCACAAGAAGCCAGGACGUGCGCUCGGACUGCCCGUCGUAGCGUCAUCGGAUGCUGGUAAAUUAGGAGCUAGCUCAGUGCAUAACCGAGAAAGGGCUGAUGCACUUCCAGUGAAAUUGGCAGGCACAAGAAGUGAAGGAGAGAAAAGUGGCGGAGGUGGACUCACACAUCACGAGAAUGACGACGGCCACAACAGCACUAGUGAUUGUUACCUUCUGAUGACGGAAAAGAACGCAGAUGUGGGACAUCGAGGUCGGUUGCGGAAUAGCAAUAUGGCUUGGAGCUUCACAAAGCUCUUCAGCGUUCUUGCUAACGCAGCGUCAAUGAUCUUGAAACAGCAACAAGAUUUAGGUUCUUCGAAAAACGGAGAAGAGCAUGUUGCAACAGCGGCGCGUCACUAUCUCGAGAACAUGAUAUUAUCAGCGAAUGAUGCGUCAAAGGAAAUUCGCACUAGUAGGAAUGGCGUUGAAGCAAGCAAUCAAGGUCAAGCAGACAGUCUCUUGGCAUCGCUUCGUGGGAAACUCAAAGAGCCGAGCGUAAAGCGCCAUAUUAGCGACUUUUUCAAUAAUAUUAAAAGCACCUAUCUCGUCGAUAAAUUCGACAGCGACGCACGACUACUCUUAUUGUCUUCGCAUGGAAAUAUGGGUGUCACCCGGGCGAAGUCUUGUUUAGCUGGACUGAUGGCUGACCAAGGCUUGGGUCUGGCCCAUGGUAAUAUGAGUACCACUAAGCAUAUCGAAGGCAAAGACGAACAGCGCAUGAACCUUGCUCGCGAGCGAGAGGUACUUCGAGCUAUGUGCUUUCACGUUCUCUCCUUGCUCUUCACCGCGAAGGACCCACGACUCUUCGAUCGAAUUUUGUUCUCUCAGCUCAUUACCCUGCUCGAGGUCCAAGGUGAAGUUGGUCUUGCGUGUCAAGCUUAUCGAAUGAUGCGACGCCGUUUUACACUAGAUGCGGACCAGGGCCGAAUCCUCCUUUCACACAACUUCGCUAAGAAGGGGCCGCUUCCUCGUUCACCGGCGAAAGGAGAAACAACCACAUCUGAUAUACAAGCGAGAAAAGAUGACCGGAGAAACUAUUUUGCUGACUACUAUUUUGCACUUGACAGUUACGGGGGCAAGAGUAGAGAUGGAGUUCGUAGCGGAGGUGCACCCCGACGAGUAGCUGAAAUAUCCCACGAGAUCGCGAAGAAGGAAUCGUGUGCUGGAGCAUCUUCAUCAGAGGGUCGCUAUGCAAAAGUCCUCGACUUGCACGGCCAUUCUGCCGCGGAAGCUCGCACAGCGUGUAUAGCUGAGAUGGAGGCACAAGUUCGAAACGGGCGACCCAAAUUCUUUUUCUUCGCGCAGGUGGGCAUGGGGAAGCACAGUGACGGCGCUGAACGCGUGUUGGCACCGGCACUCGUAGCGCUGAUUCAAAGUAUGGGUCUCCGUGCCCAAGUAGGGAUCUACGGGGUGAAAAGUUUGGUUGUAAUUCAAGGGUUGUUGGACGAUCUAAUUGGAAAAAAUGAAACUCCAGAUAAUGAUUAUAACACGGAUGAUCAAAGGUAAGGCUUUGUAAGAGGUAAUUGACGGAUUUCUAAAACCGAAACUCCUACUCUUUCCUCGUGAAACAAAGCGCUAAAAAGCGUAAGAAAGGCUUUGAAGCCUGUUCUAGUUUUAUGUAGUUACA